AGUGGCUGCGGAGAACGGCGGCGCAAUGGCGGUAGCUGCAGUGUCCGAGGCCUGGCCAGAGCUGGAGCUGGCGGAGCGGGAAAGGCGGCGGGAGCUGCUGCUGACGGGGCCUGGACUGGACGAGCGGGUACGGGCGGCGGGCGGGAGGCUGCCCCCGCGGCUCUUCACACUGUCGCUCCUGCACUACCUGGAAACGCUAGACCUCUCCAACAACCAGCUCAGUGAGAUCCCAGCCGCACUGGCCGACUGCCCGAAGCUCAAGGAGAUCCACUUCAAGGGCAACAAGCUGAGGGACAAGCGCCUGGAAAAGAUGGUGCACGGCUGCCAGACCAAGUCCAUCCUGGAGUACCUGCGCGUUGGCGGCCGGGGUGGCGGGAAGGGCCGGGCCAAGGCCGAGGGCACCGAGAAGGAGGAGAGCCGGAAGAAGAAGAGGGAGAAGAAGCAGAAGAGGGAGGGCGGCGAGGGGGAGGAGGAGCUGGAGGCCGCACGCAGGCUGCUGCUCAGGGUCCUGCACGUCUCCGAGAACCCUGCACCCCUGGUGGUGAAUGUCCACCCCGAGGUCAGGGACGUGCGGCCCUUCAUCGUGGGUGCUAUUGUGAGGGGCAUGUACCUAGAACCCGGAAACGCGCUCAAGCGCUUCCUCACCGCCCAGACGAAGCUCCAUGAGGACCUUUGUGAGAAGAGGACAGCAGCAACCAUCGCCACCCACGACCUCAAGGCCAUCCGGGGGCCCCUGCUGUACGGGGCCCGGCCGCCGCAGGACCUCAAGAUCGUCCCCUUGGGCCGGCGAGAGAUCAAGGCCAAGGACCUGGUGCGGCAGCUCCAGCUGGAGGCCGAGGAGCAGAGGAAGCAGAAAAAGAGGCAGAACGUCUCAGGCUUGCACAGAUACCUUCACUUACUGGAUGGAAAAGACAACUACCCCUGUCUCGUGGACGCGGACGGCGACGUGAUCUCCUUCCCGCCCAUCACCAACAGUGACAAGACGAAGAUUAAAAAAACAACUACUGACUUGUUUUUGGAAGUCACAAGUGCUACUAGUCUGCAGAUGUGUAAAGAUAUCAUGGACGCCCUCAUUCUGAAAAUGGCAGAGAUCAACAAAUACACUUUAGACAAUAAAGAGGAAGGAUCACUCUCGGAUACUGAAGCUGAUACAGUUUCUGGACAAUUUCUGGACCCCAAAACUAACGAAAGUGCUGAAAAAGGUGGGAAUUCCCCACUGGUGGUAGAACAGGUCCGGGUGGUAGACAUGGAAGGGAGCCUGAAGGUGGUGUACCCUUCUAAAACAGACCUGGACAUCGCUGCGUCGCACAUAACUGUGAUCCGCUAACCAGCCAGGCCCCGUCUUUCAGUGACAGCAGCUGUUUGUCAAAGAUUUUGCUGUUCAUUUGGCCUGUUUUACAGAGGUUUAUGUGUGGUGAUGUUAAAUUAUUCAUGACGUUCCCACCUCCGUAUUUUUGUAAUUGAGCUCUGUGUGCUUGUACUCUUUGCUCCGUGUUUCAGACGGUCUGUUGUAAAGUGACUCUGUGUUGCCGUGCGCCUACACUGUUUGCCUUUACAGUGCCAAAAGGCCAAACUCAUUGUACUGUUGUUUUCCAUGAAAUUGUUUUAAUGUAGGAAUUACCUGUUUAGGAUGCUCUGAAAUCAUGUAGACACACAGCAGAGAACCCUCCUUACAGGGAAAAUAGACUCCGACUGGUUUGACUUAUUCAGCUCUGGACUAGGAAGCUAAGCGAUGAGUCUUACUGAGGUUCCCAACUAUUUUUGUGUGAUACACACCUGCCUAGAUUUUACUGUGCCACUAAUACGGCUACAAAACAUUGAAUGACAUGUUUUCCAACUCGCGGUAAACUUUAUAAAAAAAA